AUGUUGUUUUAUGUAGCCAUCGAGUGCUCGCCAAUUGACCGAAAGGACAGGGAUGUGGAGUCGGUGUGCGAUGAGGAGCAUAAGGCCAGAGCCAAUGUAUGCGCCGAUAAGCUAUGGUUUGUGGGCCGGAGAUCGAGAAAAUAUCCGGAGAAUGAGCCGGAAUUGGAGACACACUGCAAGCAAACGGCAAAACUGAUCGCAUGUGUCAAGUCAUACACCGAUGUCUGCGGCAAAGAAACCCAUAAACAGUUGGCAAAUGUGAUGCUCUUUACCGUCAAACAAAUAGACAAAAACUAUUGCACCAAAUCGACUAAAAAGCAUGAAUUGAUGUCUUUCUCGGUGUGCGGCAAUCGCAUCCGGGAUCAGUCCAAUAAGUGCAUGGAUCAGUUUAUGGUCGAAUUGGGCAAGUCCAAUGCUUUCGAGACCAGGAUGAAAGUACCCCACGCGUGCUGCGCUUUUCAUGAGCUGAAGGCCUGUAUUAUGAGUUCCGCGCGAACGGCGCGUAUGUGUAGCGAGAAAUCAAUGGAUAAUUACGAGAAAUACAUCACAUCUAUGGCCGGAAAUACAUUGAGUCUGAUGUGUACUGACUAUGAGGAGGAUUCCGACAAAUGCCAACAUUUGCCUCAUUUGCCAAAAGGAGCCAAAUAUUCAAAGGCGCCGUCAGUUAUCGACGGCUUCGGUAGCAUAUUAGAUGACGAUUAA